AAUCUGAAUCUCUUUUUAUCAAAAACAUAGACCUUAUCUCUUCAAACAGAAAACGCAAGGAUGGAUUCUAUGAUACCCGAAAUAUUAUACAUAAUUUGUUCAUAUCUUGAAAUCGAGGAUGUACGGAGGUUUCGCCUGUGUUGCAGGGCGUUUGCAGACGCCGCUGCUUGCUUCGUACACCGAGAAGUUAUCUUUUAUCUUCACGAGACUGACCUCGAAAUGCUUCGAUGCAUUUCUUUACACCCUAUAGCCUCGAAAAAUGUCCGCUCAUUGGUUUAUAUUGGACAUACCUUAGGACCCGAUAAGCAAUCGAUAGAAGCGUUUUGUCAGGACUAUGAACUCAUACGAAUGGCGGAUAAGGUUGCUGCCGAGCAAUCAAACGAGCCAUUGCCGCCGCGGCUGUCAGAUCAUCAGCUCUUGGAAUUUUACAAGAGGUACGAACAUGCCUUUGAGCAAGAGCAAAAGGUAGUUGGGAAUAACGAAGAUAUUUCUUGUAUAAAAGAAGUCGUCUCUCGUUUUACGGCCCUUCAAGAGUUGGUUAUGUCAAACGGCUUUUGGUUUCGGAAAGGCUUAACGAAAACUCCAUUCGAAGGAAUCAUAGCCCGUCCAGGCUCUCAUCUAAUGCCGGAGGGAUGCCGGCAGCUUGACUCCGUUCUCAACGCUGUUUUUGAGAGUAAUAUCAAAUUAAAGAAAUUGACAGCUGGUGAAUUGAGUUGGCAAUUUUUUCAAAGACCACCUGCCGAGCUGAAACGCACGAUGCCCUUCUAUUCUGAUCUUACAUGCCUUCAGUUGUGCAUCGAUGUUGGCAUGAUAGAAUCAAAUGCGGGCCCAGGGACUCUAUGGGAUAUUACCACCGGCACAGAAGUCCCCCAAUGUCGGCAGCUACUGAAAACUGGUUUGCUGCGCGACUUUAUUAAAUCGUUGACCCAACUCCAGACGCUUUAUGUGGUCUUCAAUUGGCACUCGGAAGAACACGGCUACGCCGCCAGUCUUGAGGAUAUUAUGGAACCGAAACACACAUGGGAACACCUCGAAAGCCUGACCUUGGGAAACAUUACGUGCGAACGACAGGACCUUAUGUCGAUGCUCAAGAGACAUAAGAACACCCUUGAGGACUUAUGUCUUCGCGACGUCCGCCUGAGGAGUACUUCAUGGCAGGUACUCCUCCCGAAGAUUCGAAAAACGAUGAACCUCUACGAUGCCUGCAUCUGCGGCGAGGUACGCGGACAGAGGGAAUCCCCGCCGCACGAGGAAGAAUUCUGGAACCUCGAAAUGCCGGACGAAUUCGAGGAGCCUCUCCGUGAUGACGUGAACGACUACUUAGUCAAAGAUGCUUCUAUCACUCGCUGUCCCCUUAAUCGGUAUAACGGCGAAUUUUAGGUUCCUGCUAGGUAGUAAUGAAGAGAUGAAACUUUGAAAUAAUGGUGGUCCUAUGCUGGAAUUAUUGGCGAUGACCUCGAUGACCUCGAUGAAGAACCACAUCUAUUUACGUUAGGUUAUCCAAAGCUUUAACGUACCUAGGUAUCUACCUACUCAAUGGACCUUUCUUGAGACCAUGCAUGGAUAUUUCGCUCUGGCCUAUGAGAUUGGUUCGUAUUGAAUCCCCAUGGUUCACCUAACUAUGCCUCGAGAAUAUGGGGUUUUGUCCUUGCAAUUCCCAGGAAUUGCGGAGGAAAGCUGACAACCAGUAGAUUUGAGUGUGAGAGGGGUUGCUGUCGCCCUCUCCGGAAUACCUAUCCUGUCUCCUCACGCCGGCUAUAUGCAAUGCGGACUGGCAGACCGGUAGAUCACGGUUAGGUCAAUCAGCCUCCAUGACGUUCACUCUAAAGUGGGAUAACUCUCAAUCAUGCAGUAUGUAAUCGAAUAUUGCGUCACUCCCUCCAAUCUAUGCACUCCAGCUCAGCUGUCUGCCAAGAUGCUCCAUGCCUGCUGCCGCCACUGAUAGUUAC